CAGACUCAGCCUGACCCUGUGCGAAGCUGAGCAAGAAGCUGCGGACCGACAAGUUACGCGUCCUGGAGGUUCUGGGGUGUCGCGUCGGUGGCCAACCCGCGGUGCUCUCGCAGGCUCGCCAGCUCCUGCGUCCUCGUUGCUGUCCUCAGCUGGCUCUUUAAGCCUGGACUCCAGACUUCAGGCCGUGCCGCCAUGGACUUCUCCAAGUUCCUGGCCGAGGACUUCGACGUGAAGGAAUGGAUCAAUGCGGCCUUCAGGGCUGGCCCGAAGGAGGCGGCGGCCGGGAAGGCGGACGGCCACGCAGCCACUUUGGUUAUGAAGCUACAGCUGUUCAUCCAAGAGGUGAACCACGCCGUGGAGGAGACAAGUCUCCAAGCUCUUCAGAACAUGCCCAAAGUGCUCCGUGAUGUUGAAGCCCUAAAACAGGAAGCAUCUUUUCUUAAAGAACAAAUGAUUCUUGUCAAGGAAGACAUUAAAAAAUUUGAACAGGACACAUCUCAAUCAAUGCAGGUGUUGGUAGAAAUCGACCAGGUGAAGUCCAGGAUGCAGCUUGCCGCUGAAUCUCUUCAAGAAGCAGAUAAGUGGAGCACAUUGAGCGCUGAUAUUGAGGAGACAUUUAAGACUCAAGACAUAGCUGUAAUUUCUGCCAAGCUAACAGGUAUGCAGAACAGCUUAAUGAUGCUUGUUGAUACACCAGACUACUCAGAAAAAUGUGUGCACUUGGAAGCAUUAAAAAACAGGCUGGAGGCCCUGGCCAGUCCCCAGAUUAUAACGGCAUUCACCUCUCAGGAUAUAGGUGAGUCCGUGAUUUUUCUAAAGUUUGUCUUCCAUUUGGCUGAUAGGGUGCCGAGCCAAUUUUUAUUAUAUCAUUAUUUAUGCUAUGGCGUGCAGCUUUUAGCAGCCUGGCAAGAGCUGUGCCAGAGUGACCUCCCCCUGGACCGGCAGCUCACUGGACUCUAUGAUGCCUUGCUCAGUGCUUGGCACACUCAAAUCCAAUGGGCCACACAGGUUUUUAAGAAUCCCCACGAGGUGGUGACAGUGUUGCUGAUCCAGACCCUGGGGGCCUUGGUGCCCUCCCUGCCCAUGUGCCUCAGCUCCGGAGUGGAGAGGGCAGGGCCUGAGCUGGAGCUUACUAAACUGCUGGAGUUCUACGAUGCCACUACCCACUUCGCCAAGGGAUUGGAGAUGGCGCUACUCCCCCAUCUACAUGAGCAUAACCUGGUGAAAGUCACGGAGCUGGUGGAUGCUGUGUACGGGCCCUACAAGCCCUACCAGCUGAAGUAUGGUGACAUGGAAGAGAACAACCUCCUCAUUGAGAUCAGCGCUGUGCCUUUGGAACACGGAGAAGUAAUUGACUGUGUGCAAGAGCUGAGCCACUCUGUGAAAAAGCUGUUUAGUUUGGCGUCUGCAGCUGUUGACAGAUGCGCCAGAUUCACCAAUGGCCUGGGGACCUGCGGCCUGCUGGCAGCUCUGAAAUCCCUCUUUGCCAAGUAUGUGUCUGAUUUCACCAAUACUCUCCAGUCAAUACGGAAGAAGUGCAAACUCGAUGAUAUUCCUCCCAAUUCCCUUUUUCAAGAAGAUUGGACGGCUUUUCAGAACUCCAUUAGAAUAAUAGCCACCUGUGGAGAGCUCUUGCGGCAGUGUGGGGACUUUGAGCAGCAGCUGGCAAACAGGAUUUUGUCUACAGCUGGGAAGUAUCUGUCUGACCCUGGUGGCCCUUGGAGCCUGGCUGGUUUUCAGGAUAGUAUCUUGACGGACAAGAAGAGCUCUGCCAAAAACCCAUGGCAAGAAUAUAAUUACCUGCAGAAAGAUAACCCCGCUGAAUAUGCCAGUUUAAUGGAAAUACUUUAUACCCUCAAGGAAAAAGGAUCAAGUAAUCACAACCUGCUGGCUUUGUCUCGAGCAGCCCUGACUCGCCUCAACCAGCAGGCUCACCAGCUGGCCUUCGACUCUGUCUUCCUGCGCAUCAAACAGCAGCUGUCACUCAUUUCCAAGAUGGAUAGCUGGAACACAGCCGGCAUUGGAGAAACCCUCACGGAUGAGCUGCCUGCCUUUAGUCUCACCCCACUCGAGUACAUCAGCAAUAUUGGGCAGUAUAUCAUGUCCCUCCCUUUGAAUCUUGAGCCAUUUGUGACUCAGGAAGACUCUGCCUUGGAGCUGGCUUUACAUGCUGGAAAGCUUCCAUUUCCUCCCGAGCAAGGGGAUGAAUUGCCUGAGCUGGACAACAUGGCAGAUAACUGGCUGGGCUCCAUCGCCAGAGCCACGAUGCAGACCUACUGUGAUGUCAUCCUCCAGAUCCCUGAGCUGACCCCUCACUCCACCAAGCAGCUGGCCACUGACAUCGACUAUCUGAUCAAUGUGAUGGACGCCCUGGGCCUGCAGCCAUCCCGUACCCUCCAGAACAUCGUGACACUCUUGAAGGCCAGGCCUGAGGAUUACAGGCAGGUUAGCAAAGGCCUUCCUCGUCGCCUGGUCACCACGGUGGCCACCAUGCGGAGUGUGAAUUACUGACCCCACUGCACACCUGAUUGCCAAGGUCAGAUCCAGUGUGCUCUAAUCACAGGACUCCCCAGCACAUAUUCAUGUGAAAACUGCCAGGGAUUGGGCAGAAUUUGUUUUAAAAAGACUUGUUUCAUUUAUACAACCGAAAAACAGGCUGUAAAUUAGAGAUAUAUUAUUUAUCAGGGGAGAAUUUUUAGAUAAUUUUUUAAUAUGAUCUGACCUUGAA